UGAGUUACUCCCACAAAAGUCAUGAACAGGAAAACCAAGAGCAUUUGCUGCUUCAUGUCAGGAACAAUAGAUAGACUGUUAGCGUGCUCUGAGGCUUUGAGGAGACAAGUUUAACUAGGACAGCGAAAUUAUUAUGUUACUGAAAGAGGAAGUAUUAAGGACUUAAACCAGGACUUAAACUUGUGCUGUUUUGAACUGUGGAUUUACUGUAUUGUACAUGAUAAGCUAGUGAUCAUGUCACUACCAGAGGAGGAUCUCACAUGCCCAAUAUGCUGUGACAUCUUUACGGACCCUGUGCUACUGUCAUGUAGCCAUAGCUUCUGCAGAGGCUGUCUGAAGCGCUGUUGGGAAACAGGGAUACGUGAGUGUCCAGUGUGCAGGAAGAAAGCCUCCAAGGCCAGUCCUCCCACCAAUUUGGCUCUGAGAAAUGUCUGUGAAGCUCUUUUGCAGGCCAGGAGGAAUUCAGUUGUGUUGGAAGAGAAGAUUAACUGUCAUCUGCACCACGAGAGGUUAAAACUCUUUUGUCUGGUUGACAAAGAGCCCAUCUGUGUGGUGUGUCAGUCCUCCAAACUGCACAAGGGUCACGACUGCUCGCCUGUAGAAGAGGCAGUGCUGGACUGCAAGGAUGAGCUUGCUUUAUCCCUGAAGAACCUACAAGAUAAAGUGGAAAGCCUCAACAGAAUUCACCUGUCCUCUGCGGACAUGUUCAAGUACAUCAAGAGACAGGCACUGGAAACACAGAAGCUGAUCAAGAUCCAGUUCGAGCAGCUCCAUCAAGUCCUAUUCAAAGAGGAGUCGGCCAGAAUAGCAGCUGUUAAAAAAGAAGAAGAAGAGAAGAUUGCAGGAAUGAAGGAUAAGAUUAAAGAACUUUCAGCAGAAGUGCUGUCGAUCACGGAGACCAUUGCAAUCAUUCAGGAGCAGCUCACAGAAGAUGACAUGGUCUUGUUGAAGAAUUUUAAAGCCACUCAGGACAGAGAAAAAAGCAUAGCCCUUGGUUCAGAAAACAUGUCCGGGUUGCUGAUUGAUGUGACGAAGCAUCUCUGCAAUCUCAAGUAUAAAGUCUGGGAGAAAAUGCUGGACCAUAUUGACUAUACCCCUGUGACUUUGGACCCAAACACAGCACACCCCUGCCUCAUCCUGUCUGACGACCUCACUUCCCUCCACUACUCAAAGCAGCGCAGCUCUUGCCCUGACAACCCAGAACGCUUCCACAUCAGCGCUGAAGUGGUAGGAAUGGCCGCCCUGGGCUCAGGAAGCCACCACUGGGUUGUGGAAACAGGAAGUAAUCAGGACUGGCUCUUGGGCGUGGCCUCUUCAUCUGUACCGAGGAACUCAGAGAUCUUCGCUCGGCCGGAGAACGGCUUCUGGACUCUGUGUUUCCGGGACGGAGAGUUUAGGGCGAUGACCUCGCCACCCACCGCACUGACAGUUGAAAAAGUGCCCAAACAAGUCAAAGUGCAGCUGGAUUACAACAAAGGGACAGUGUCUUUCUCUGACCCUGCUGAUGGCACACUGAUUUAUGCAUUUACACACACAUUCAAAGGCACUCUAUUUCCAUAUUUUUAUACCCAAAACAGUCAUCCUUUGAGAAUAAUUCCAGAGAAAGUACUUGUUACAAUGCUGCGCCAAUAAGUGAAGGAUUCAGCGUAUCAAUAAUGGAAGGCCUUAUUGUUGGAUGAGGAGAUGUUUCUAACCCAUUCAGCACCAUGCACUUUAAGAAACAGACACAUCACAUUCACCACACAUGGAGGGAUUAUUAGACAGUUCAGUUUAUUGACUCUAUGAACACAUGAUGGCGCCAAAGUCAAACAAAUAUUUUGAAGGAUUUCAUUACAGCAGAGACGACUUUGAACACAAACUUUGUGCUGUUUGUAGAAGUGAAUUUUCCUGAACAUGAAAUUAAAAUGCUGAUUUUCCAUUCGUAAUCUCACAAUUGAUGCAAAUCAAUUUAGUUAAAACAUAUAUUUGGAAAAUAAUAAAUUAAAGAGAAGCGACACACACACAAAAACAUGAAUCCACAGUUGUUUUCAUAGUAAUUCCUUAUGUAAUAAUGCUUAUUUUCUCCUGUCUGACUCCAUACUACUACAAAUAUAAUGCAGGCCACCAGGCAGGUUAAAUUGGGUAGAUUUUUUUUCCUUUAAUGCACUUAUAGCACUUUAUCUAGUGGGUCAUUUGGUGUUGCUGCUAAAGUGUUUUAUCUAUAGUGUUCUUACAUGUCAGAUUGUAUUUUGACCAUUUUGUGUUAUGCUUUUAUGAUUAUUUUAUUGGUGUGA